CCUGGGGUGACUGUCCAUGAGAUCACCCGGUGACCAGCGCUGGGGUGACAGCCCAAACUCCUGCCACACCAGUGCUGCAAACAGCCACCUGGGGCCACUGGCCACCGGCCACCGCACAUGAGGCACGGCGGCUCCCGCUGGGGCAGCUCCCUGAGUCUACCCCACCAUGGAUGCUGUGGUGCUUAAAAAGAGGGGCUACAGCCUGGGCAGCACACUAGGGGAAGGCUCCUACGGCAAAGUGAAGUGUGCCUACAGCCACCACCUGAACCGCAAAGUGGCCAUCAAGAUCAUCAACAAGAAGAAAAUUUCUCCGAACGUCCUGGAAAAGUUUCUCCCCAGGGAAAUGGAGGCUUUGAAACGGUUGCACCACCCCUCGAUCAUCGAGACGUUCGAGAUUUUUGAGACAUCAGUCGGGAAAGUGUACAUCGUGAUGGAGCUGGGGGAAAGGGGAAGCCUCCUGACCUACCUCAGCAUCAAGGGACCGAUGGAAGAGGGCAUCGCUCGCGUCAAGUUCCAGCAGUUGGCUUCUGCCGUCAAGCAUUGCCACGACUCGGACUUUGCCCACAGGGACCUGAAGUGUGACAACAUCCUUCUCGACAAUGAUCUUAACUUCAAGCUGACAGACUUUGGGUUUUCAAAACCCUUGUCUCGGGACGAAAAUGGAAAAACCAUUCUCAGCAACACUUUCUGCGGGUCUCUGGCGUACUCAGCGCCUGAACUGCUUGAGCACAUUCCUUGUGACCCCAGGAUUUCUGACAUGUGGAGCCUGGGCAUCAUCCUGUAUGCAAUGCUCUAUGCUUCACAGCCUUUUGAUAGCUCUAAUGUCAAGGAAAUGCUCCAGAUUCAGAAACAACAAAAGAUUCCCUUCCUCAAGACAAAACGCCUGUCUGUGGACUGCAAGGACCUCAUUUCUCAGCUGCUCCAACCUGAUGUGUCUAAGAGACUGUGCAUAGAUGAGGUUUUGCAACAUCCCUGGUUGCAGACUCCAAACCCCAUACCCUCUAAUCCUUUGCUAGCUGCAGGAGAGGGCAAUCCCAAAGACUGUGCAAGAAAAAACCUGACCAAAGGCAGAAGGGCCACUCCCAUUCUGCGCAAGUGUAAGGAGUGGAGGAGGAAAUCGGAUCCUCUCAAGGGUGGUUUGUUUCAACAAGACCACAAAGUUGCCUAACUUGUGAACUGCAUUAGUUGAAACUGAAAUUAAAGGGAACCUGUCUAAAAUUCUG